GCAUGGAAAAAACUGGGAAUUAAACAAAAUGGAGUAUAUCCUAUAAAACCAGAUGAUGGACCAGCUUUCCAAGUAUACUGUGAUAUGGAGACUGAUGGUGGUGGAUGGACUGUAUUUCAGAGGAGACAAGAUGGAUCUGUUGAUUUCAAAAAAUACUGGAUUGAAUAUGAGAAUGGAUUUGGUGAUCUUACUGGUGAGUUUUGGUUAGGAUUGAGCAAGAUUCAUCGUCUUACUAAAGAAGGAUCAAACACACUAAGAGUGGACCUGGGAGACUUUGAGGGGAACACAGCUUAUGCUAACUACUCUACAUUCAGUGUUGGUAACAGUAAUACUGAAUAUACACUAACAGUAGGAGGAUACUCUGGUACUGCUGGUGAUAGCCUUACAGAUUUACGUUUUUAUAAUCAUCAGCAUAAUGGGAUGAAAUUCACUACAAGAGAUAACAAAAAUGAUUUUGAUAAUAAUAAUUGUGCUGAUGUUUACAAUGGUGCCUGGUGGUUCAACAAUUGUCAUCAAUCUCAUCUCAAUGGUCGUUACUAUACUAAUCCAUAUGAACCUCCUAUAUGGCAAGGAAUCAUAUGGCAUGAUUGGAAAGGAGAACAUUAUAGUCUCAGGUUUACUGAGAUGAAAAUUCGUCAUAACAAUUAAACAUAAAUAAUGUGUGUGUGACAGGAUUGUGUAGAAUCAGUUAUUAUUUAGUGUAUUUAGAUUAUUUUGCUCCUUUUAUAAUAAAGUUAUUUCUUAAUAAUGUUAAACCUCAUCUUAAACCUCUAAUCUUGGUCAGCCUGCAAUUCACAAUGGAAUGAAAUUCACUACAA